GGGGGGCGGGGAGGAGCGCGUACCCACCGAGGCAGAGAACGGGGAUCCAGGCUGCAGACAUGGUGGUCGAGGGGGCUGCUCGGUCCUGGGAGAGAGGGAAAAUGCAAGGGAGGCUCUCGGGAAGGGAGACCCUUACGUCCCCACCACACUGGGCCGGCCCUCCCGUUAGAGAUCCCGCACCCCUCGGAAACCCAGGGGCGGCGGAGGGGAGGGAGGAGACCUAAGAGGCCGCUGCCCCCGAGCUAGCGCUCUAUCUGGAGGCGAUGUUCUGGCUGCAAAUCGAGCCAAACCCAGCAUCGAUGUGCAACCUCGGCCCGGAGGAGCGGGUGCGAUAUCAAGACAGAAAGAAGCUGGGCGCGACAAAGGAGAGACUCAGACAAGCAGGUGGCAGGGACCCGCACGCCCGCCGCCGGACGCCUAGGGCUCCGCACCUGAGUCGGAUCCGCCCGGCUGCGCCUGAGUGCGGAAAGCGCGGCUCCCGCCGCCGCUAUAAAGGCCGGGCCGCGCGCAUGAGCACUGUGCGGGGGGCGCGUGGGGAGGGGGCUGGGAGCCGGUCCCCCGGGGCCGGGCGGCGGCCGGCCAGCUCCGCCCUCACCCCCUGCCGGUCCCGGGGGGAGGCCCGCGCCCAGGCGCCUCCCCCCGCGGCGCGGACCUCGGCCACCCGGACGCCGCGUCCGUCCCUAGGGGAGGCGCGAAGGCCCGCGGCAGAGUCCCGGAGACCCCGCGGGACCCGGCGUCAGGGGUGUGGGAACGCGUGUAGGACAGCGGUGGGACCCGCGCCUGGGGACGCGCGCGGUGGAAGUGGGAGAAAGCAGAAUUGACAGGCAGUGUGACCUCCGUGGCAGUGACCUCCACAGCAGCCUAGGAACCAUCUCCAGACCCAGAAGAGGUGGCAGGAGAGAGGCCGAGCAUGAGCAGGGGAGGGGAAGAGAGAGAGGGAGACACAGAAUCCGAAGC